CUCUGCUGUCCGAGUUUACUGUCUAUGGCUAUGGAAAGCCGGCGAAGUGCGAUUGUUGUGCCAGAAGUCAUAUUCGCCAUCUUAGCUGGAUCCAUCGUGUUCUGGAGAAUCAUUAACAACGUAGUCCUGAGGAGGUUGUACAGACUCGCUGACCUGCUCAUCUUUUUGGCAUUGGUCAGCAACCUUGUAGCGCUGUCAUGUAGUUCCUUGUCGACACAAUAUGGCCUGGGGAGACACAUUUACGACCCGUCAAUUACACCCGAAAUGCUAGAGACAUGUCUGCGAUGGAUCUGGAUUGGAGAGGCAACAAAUCUCAUAUCGAUGCUCUUCGCCAAACUCAGUAUUGCCGCCUUCCUUUUGUACCUGGACUUCGCUUCUGGCUACAAGAUUGCCAUGUGGAUCACAGUAGGACUGGUUCUCCUCUGCAAUGGAGCUGUCGCUUUGACGUCGAUCUUUGGAUCUUGCAGCCCCAUAUCUCUCAAUUGGAAUAUGAAUCAGCCAGGUCAAUGUUGGGAUCCUUCUGUCAACAAGAUCUGCACCUAUGUUCAAUCUGGCUCGAACAUUGUGACCGAUAUUCUGUACACGUCGGUGCCAAUAUUUUACCUCUCAACAGUCAAGCUGGGAGCGAAUGUCCAGUGGGGAUUGCGCAUUGUUCUGCUGUUCGGAUUGAUUGCGACUGUCUGCUCGGUCGUCAAGAUUGCAGUUGCCGGAAAGAUGUUCAAUACACAUGAUCCUACAUGGGAUGCAGUCGAUCUUUCCAUCUGGAGUACGGCAGAAGUCAACGUCUGCAUCAUCGCAGCCUGUCUCCCUCCACUGCGAAGCCAAUUCGACACUUUCCUCAGACGCUUCUUUGGCAUGGCCUUCGUCCGAUCAACCAACCGCAGUCGACCAAUCUACGGCUCCCAAUCAAUCCAUCUCCAAUCCCAAAGCAAAACCCACCGAACAAUCAUCGAAGUCGAAGCUCAAGAUUUUGGGAGCGAGCGUUCUAUUCUCCCGCCUGAUGAUGUAGAAGGUGGAAUUAUAAGAAAAAACACGGCAGGUGCAGGUGCAAUAUGA